ACGAUCUUUUCCUUUUUCCCAUUCCUAUUAGGGUUUCUUCUUCCGGCAAAAUUUGUCCCCCAAAUCUUCCACCAUGGUUCUCAAGCCCACCAGAGCUCAAAAGAAAGCUCAAUACGACCAGAAACUCUGCCGUCUUCUCGAAGAGUAUUCUCAGGUCCUCAUCGUCGGCGCCGAUAAUGUCGGCUCUAACCAGCUUCAGAGCAUUCGCAAAGGCCUUCGUGGCGAUUCCAUUGUUCUUAUGGGUAAGAACACCAUGAUGAAACGCUCCAUCAGAAUCCAUUCUGAAAAGACUGGUAACUCCGCCGUCACCAACCUCCUCCCUCAUCUUGUGGGAAACGUUGGCUUGAUCUUCACUAAAGGAGAUUUGAAAGAAGUGAAGGAAGAAGUUGCUAAAUAUAAGGUGGGAGCCCCAGCUCGUGUUGGCCUUGUUGCACCAAUUGACGUGAUUGUUCCUCCAGGAAACACUGGACUCGAUCCUUCCCAGACAUCUUUCUUUCAGGUGCUGAACAUCCCAACAAAGAUUAACAAAGGAACAGUCGAAAUCAUCACUCCUGUGGAGCUAAUCAAGAAAGGAGACAAAGUUGGCUCAUCCGAGGCUGCUCUUCUCUCUAAGCUUGGGAUAAGGCCCUUCUCUUAUGGUCUCAUUGUCCUCUCUGUCUAUGACAAUGGUUCUGUUUUCGAUCCAGAGGUGCUUGAUCUUACAGAAGAAGAUCUUCUUGAGAAAUUUCUUGCUGGGGUUUCCAUGGUCGCCUCUCUGUCUCUUGCUGUGUCUUUCCCAACUCUUGCCGCUGCUCCCCACAUGCUCAUCAACGCCUAUAAGAAUGCUCUUGCUGUCGCUGUCGCUACUGACUAUUCGUUCCCUCAGGCUGAUGAAAUCAAAGAAUACUUGAAGGAUCCAAACAAGUUUGCAGCUGCAGCAGCUCCUGCUGCGGUGGCCGAGUCCGGAGGUGCUGCUGCGGCGGCCCCUGCCGCCCAGGAAGAAAAGAAGGAAGAACCGGAGGAAGAGUCGGAUGAGGAUAUGAUCAUGGGUCUGUUUGAUUAAGUUCACAGUUAAGAACAUUAUUCUAAUCCAUCUAGUUUGUAUGUCUUUUUGUUUAUAUGGUCAGAGAUAUUUUCCGCUGGUUUAUCAAAUUUGUGGUGAGAAUUUGAUGCCUUUUUCUGUUUAUUUUGUGAACAUAACCACACAUUUUAUCAUGAAUGGUGGUUGAGUAGUAACUCCUUUUUUAAACAUUAGAACUCUACUUUAUAAUAUGCUCCACUGAAGAACUAGUCCUUAAAAAAA